UACGCGCAUCAUUGUACAAAUAUAGUUAAAACAAAAUAUUAUUAUUAUUAAUAUUAUGAUAAGCGCAAAUGUGAUAUGAUUUACAACAUACGGCGAGCUCCACGACAAGCCACAAACAUCCAAAAGGCUACGAGGCAGCGCAAUCCACAACGUAAACAAACUUGCAACGCAAUAUUAUUUACUUAAUCGUAUUGUUUAUUAGCACUCCUUGGACAAGAUGAGCUCUCCGACGGCUAAGAACGCCAGCGAAACCAACGGCAACAAACCCAAAAAGUCAUCGGGCAAAUCAAGCUCAAAUGCAAAGAGUGGUACCAUGGAGACACGUGAGGAACUGGCGGACCUAAUCAAGAAGAAGGCCGAGACCUCGGAACAACUGGCCAACUUAGAGCGACAAAUCUACGCUUUUGAGGGAUCCUAUCUGGAGGACACGCAGCUGUGCGGCAACAUUAUUCGAGGCUGGGAGCGCUACUUGACCUCCAAUAAAGCGACGAACUCGAAGGCGGACAAACGCAAUCGGAAGUUCAAGGAGGCAGAACGUUUGUUUUCGAAAUCAAGUAUUACCUCCAUGGCCAUUUGCAAUCCUGAACGUGCCAGUGAAUCUGAUUCCAUAACGAAUGAAGAUUCCAGCGAUAAUCAGAUUUCUGUAAAUCAAAACACUACGACCGCGCAUGAUGGGGCAACCACAAUUAAAAGCGUGCCUAAGGAUGAAAAGGACUCACCCUCACAUCGCAAUGAAGGUGGCGGCAGCAGCAGCCUCAAGGAAUCCCUUGGAACACCAACCUCGAACACAAAAAGCAAACUGCCCUCCAGUUCAAGUGCGACAGCUAAAAAAGGUGGACAUAUCAACAAAAAGAUACGCCAUCGCUGAUUUAGGCUUUAGAGCUCUCACCAGAAAGCGCUCUCUACAAUUUAUCUCAAUCAGGCUUUAACACUUCUCCAAUUAAAUUUUGUAAAAUUUACAGUAAACAGCUACAUAUACGGAAUUUUCAAGUAAUAAUCUACAUAGUUUUAAGCACAAAUUCAUUUAAUUACAAUCAAUAAAUCGCUGUAUGUAGUUUUAGGCCUAAAAUCAUUUUACAAAUAAUUGCG